UGAAUCAAUUGAACAAUCAAUAAAAACAGAUAAUAAUUGCAACAUCGCUAAAUCAUUAAAUAAUAAAAAUACGAACAAAAAUUUAAUUGAUUCUGUUUUUUCUGAUGAAUUUAUUGAUGAUAAAGACUUUCAAAUUAACAAUUCACCAAUUUCAUUUGACAAUUAUGAUUGUGAUGAAAAUUUGUCUUUUAUUGACAUUAAAAAGGAUAAAAAAGAUAAUAAAAAUAUUUUUAAAAAUUCCUCAACUAUAACAAGGUCUAGAGCAACAUCAUUUUCUUCAAUAAAAUCGCAUACAAUAAACACAACAAAUGAAAAUUCAUCUUCUAGACGAGCAUCAAAAGCAUUGUCGAUAAUAUCAGAUACGAAUGCUUUUAAUCCUUCUACUCCUGUCAAAUCUCGUACAUUACCUUUACCCAAUAGUAAAAAUAAUAACAAUAAAAAAGAAAUUGAAAAAAUCAUUUAUUCUGCUAAACAAAAACAAUUUUCAAUGAUUACACAAUCAAAUUCAACAUCAAAAUCAUCCAAUGAGUUUAUAAAAUCACAAAAUUCAGGUGUAAAAACAUCUUCGCCAACUACAAAGCCUCCUGCUGCAAGGAAAAAUAACACGACAAAAAAACCAACAGCAAUAACUACUACUAAUAAUUUGACAAGGAAAUCUUCAAAAGACA